GUGAUUUUUCCUUUCAGCAGCCGGGGCGGGGAGACGGACGCAGACAAGCGGGCAGAGAGUGGAGCGAUGCGGCGGGGCCUGGAGCGGCUGCUGUAGUGCGAGGAGCGGCCUCCCCGUCAUCCUCUGUCAGGAUUUCGGCAGAACUAUGUACCUCGGGACCCGCGUCUCAGUGCCUCUCCCCUGAUUGCUGCAUAUUUACAUCCGGCUUUUAAUAUCCCAGCAGCUGCUCACAGACACAUGGUGGAUAGCUGUCAUUCCCAGGAUUGCCAAGCCCUCUCCAGCCUAUCUCACGAGGAUCUGAUCCCUGACGGAGCUGCUGCCCCCUGGUUUGUCUCCUCCACUGGUGUGUGCUCCAGCGCCCCCUAACCAUGGAGCAAGGAAUGGAUUACUGGGUGGCCCAGAUACAACAGAAGGAUGUUAAUAAAAGGCUCCAAGUGGGACCAGACCUAAUCGAUUUCUUCUCGGAUCGGCAGAAGUCUGCGGACCUUGAACAGGACCAGACUCUGCUGGAUAGGAUGGUUGAUGGCCUCGCAACCUCCUGGGUCAACUCCAGCAAUUAUAAGGUCGCUCUGCUGGGGAUGGACAUCUUAUCAGCGCUGCUGACACGGCUGCAGGAUCGCUUCAAGUCACAUAUUGGGACAGUUCUGCCCAGUCUGAUCGACCGAUUGGGGGAUGCGAAAGACUCGGUGAGAGAACAGGAUCAGACGCUGCUGGUGAAGAUAAUGGAGCAGUCGUCCAACCCGCAGUAUGUCUGGGAUCGGAUGCUUGGAGGCUUUAAACACAAGAACUUCCGCACUCGGGAAGGCGUCUGCCUCUGCCUUAUUGCCACUCUUAACUUAUAUGGAGCAAACAGCCUGACACUGAGCAAGAUUGUACCUCAUAUAUGUAACCUGCUUGGGGACCCCAAUAGCCAGGUCCGAGAUGCUGCAAUAAAUUGCCUGGUUGAAAUCUACAGACACGUUGGAGAACGAGUGCGCUCCGACCUCAGCAAGAAAGGGCUCCCUCAGUCCCGACUGAAUGUGAUUUUCUCCAAAUUUGACGAAGUCCAGAGAUCGGGGGCCAUGAUCCAGUCGUCGCUGGAUAAAAACUUUGAUGAUGAAGAUUCUGUCGAUGGGAACAGGCAGUCAUCCGCCAGCUCCACUGCAUCCGCUAAAGUGCCGCCAUCUGCCCGCAAACCGGUGACUAUGGGGACGGCUCGGAGGCCGGGGACGACUGCAGUGUCCACCAAAACUGCAGGACCCAAGGAAGGGGCUGGCGCAAUAGACGAGGAAGACUUCGUCAGAGCCUUCGAAGACGUCCCCACCGUGCAGAUCUACUCUGCCAGGGACCUGGAGGAACAAAUCAAUAAAAUCCGGGAAAUCCUGUCUGAUGAUAAGCAUGACUGGGAGCAGAGGAUCACGGCGCUUAAGAAGAUCCGCUCUUUGCUCUUGGCUGGAGCAGCAGAUUACGACACCUUCUUCCAGCACCUCCGUCUGCUGGAUGGAGCGUUCAAGCUUUCCGCCAAGGACUUGCGCUCCCAGGUGGUUCGAGAAGCCUGUAUCACCCUGGGGCAUCUCUCGUCCGUCCUGGGGAAUAAAUUUGACCAUGGAGCUGAAGCCAUUAUGCCUACAGUUUUCAACUUAGUUCCCAACAGUACCAAAAUCAUGGCGACCUCUGGCGUGGUAGCCAUCCGGUUAAUAAUCCGUCAAACACAUGUCCCGAGGCUAAUACCGAUCAUUACGAGUAACUGCACCUCCAAGUCUGUGGCGGUUCGAAGACGUUGUUAUGAAUUUCUGGAUUUACUUCUACAAGAAUGGCAGACGCACUCUUUGGAAAGGCACAUAUCGGUGUUAGCGGAAACCGUCAAGAAGGGAAUCCAUGAUGCAGACUCCGAAGCCAGAAUUGUCGCUCGAAAAUGUUACUGGGGUUUCCACAGUCACUUCAGUCGAGAAGCAGAACAUUUAUACCACAAUCUGGAGUCCUCCUAUCAGAAGGCUCUUCAGUCUCAUCUCAAGAGCUCCGACAGCAUCGUCUCCCUCCCUCAAUCAGACCGCUCCUCAUCCAGCUCCCAGGAAAGUCUAAAUCGCCCCCUGUCUGCCAAGAGAAGUCCCCCUGGAAGUUCAGCAUCUAGAGUUUCUACAGCAGCGGCGAAGACUGCAGCAACUCCGGGCUCCCUGCAGCGCUCCCGCAGCGACAUUGAUGUGAAUGCGGCAGCCAGCGCCAAGUCUAAAGUAGCGUCCUCUGCCACACCUGCACCUUUCAGUUCAGCAGCGGCGCUGCCCCCCGGCUCCUAUGCAUCUCUAGGACGGAUCCGCACGAGGAGGCAGAGCUCAGGAAGCAACAGCAGCGCCACCGCCGCUCAGCCGGACACCCGGGGACGAAGCAGAGCCAAGAUUGUGUCGCAGUCGCAGCCCGGCAGCCGCUCCAGUUCUCCGGGCAAAUUGUUGAGCAGUGGAUAUGGUCUAGCAACCAGUGCGCAGAGGGUCCCGCAGAUCCCAACCUCUGAGAAGCGGAGCAAGAUCCCCCGCAGUCAAGGCUGCAGCCGCGAGACCAGCCCCAGCAGGAUAGGACUAGCCCGGAGCAGCCGCAUCCCCCGACCCAGCAUGAGUCAGGGGUGCAGCCGCGACACCAGCCGAGAGAGCAGCCGGGAUACAAGUCCCGCCAGGGGCUUUGCACCUCUUGAUCGCUAUGGGAUCGGCCAGUCGGGCAGAAUACCGUCCUCCAUGAACGCCAUGAGGGUGCUCAGCUCCAGUACAGACCUGGAGGCCGCCGUGGCUGAUGCACUGCUGCUGGGAGACCCCAGGAAUAAGAAAAAGCCGGUGAGGAGGCGAUACGAGCCGUAUGGGAUGUACUCAGAUGACGAUGCAAACAGUGACGCCUCUAGUGCGUGCUCAGAAAGAUCUUAUGGUUCAAGAAAUGGUGGGAUCCCUCACUACCUGCGCCAGACCGAAGAUGUGGCAGAGGUGCUGAACCACUGCGCCAGCUCCAACUGGUCAGAGAGGAAAGAGGGGCUGAUUGGCCUGCAGAACCUGCUGAAAAGCCAGAGGACGCUCAGCCGCGUGGAGCUGAAGAGGCUCUGUGAAAUCUUCACUCGGAUGUUUGCAGACCCCCACAGUAAGAGAGUCUUCAGCAUGUUCCUGGAAACAUUGGUGGAUUUUGUCAUCAUCCAUAAGGACGAUCUCCAGGACUGGCUUUUCAUAUUACUCACACAGCUUCUGAAGAAAAUGGGCGCCGACCUGCUCGGCUCUGUGCAGGCCAAAGUGCAGAAGGCCUUGGAUGUGACCAGGGAUUCCUUCCCAUUCGAUCAGCAGUUUAACAUUCUGAUGAGAUUCAUCGUGGAUCAGACGCAGACUCCGAACCUGAAGGUGAAAGUCGCCAUCCUGAAGUACAUCGAGUCUCUGGCCCGGCAGAUGGACCCCACAGAUUUUGUGAACUCCAGUGAGACACGACUCGCCGUCUCCCGAAUUAUCACAUGGACGACGGAACCAAAGAGCUCAGAUGUAAGAAAGGCGGCACAGAUUGUCCUGAUCUCUCUGUUUGAGCUGAACACACCGGAGUUCACCAUGUUACUGGGAGCGUUGCCGAAAACCUUCCAGGACGGCGCCACCAAACUACUGCACAACCAUCUGAAGAACUCCAGCAACAGCAGCAUGGGCUCCCCAAGCAACACAAUGGGCCGAACCCCUUCCCGACAUUCAAGCAGCCGGUCAAGUCCCUUAACGUCUCCAACUAACUGUUCUCACGGUGGCCUCUCCCCGAGUUUGCUGGAUUAUGACACUGAAAACCUGAAUUCUGAUGAAAUCUACAGUUCCCUCCGAGGAGUCACUGAAGCCAUAGAGAAAUUCAGCUUCCGCAGCCAAGAGGAUCUCAAUGAGCCGUUGAAGAGGGAUCCAAGGAAGGACGGCGAUCUGGUCUCCCGUGAGGCUGGAAUGGCGUCUCCUGUCAGCGACCUCCGUAGCGGAUCAGACAUGGUUGAAGGCGGUCGGAUGGCGCUCGACAACAAGACUUCAUUGCUAAACACCCAGCCGCCUCGAGCGUUUACUGGGCCACGUGGGCGAGACUACAGCCCCUACCCCUACUCUGACUCCAUCAACAGUUAUGACAAGACCGCCCUGAAGGAAGCCGUGUUUGACGACGACAUGGACCAGCUACGAGAUGUUUCUAUUGACCACUCUGACCUGGUCGCCGACCUCUUAAAGGAACUGUCUAAUCACAACGAGCGGGUGGAGGAGAGGAAAGGCGCGCUGUGCGAGCUGCUGAAGAUCACACGAGAGGACAACCUGGGGGUCUGGGAAGAGCAUUUCAAAACCAUCCUCCUCCUCCUCCUGGAGACUCUGGGAGACAAAGACCACGCGAUUCGAGCUUUGGCGUUAAGAGUUCUGCGGGAAAUCCUGAGGAACCAACCGGCGAGGUUUAAAAACUACGCAGAGCUGACGAUCAUGAAGACGCUGGAGGCGCACAAGGAUUCUCACAAAGAGGUUGUCAGAGCGGCAGAAGAAGCUGCCUCCACCCUGGCGAGCUCUAUCCAUCCGGAGCAGUGCAUCAAGGUCCUGUGUCCCAUCAUCCAGACGGCCGACUACCCCAUCAACCUCGCCGCCAUCAAAAUGCAGACUAAAGUCAUUGAGCGCAUCUCAAAGGAGUCGCUGCAUCAGAUCCUGCAGGAUAUCAUCCCCGGCUUAUUGCAGGGCUAUGACAACACGGAGAGCAGCGUCCGUAAAGCGAGCGUCUUCUGUCUGGUAGCCAUUUAUUCUGUGAUUGGAGAGGAACUGAAACCUUACCUGGCGCAGCUCACAGGCAGUAAGAUGAAACUUCUGAACUUGUACAUUAAAAGGGCGCAGACCACGAACAGCAAUAGCAGCUCGUCCUCCGACGUCUCCACACACAGUUAGUGGCAUCGUUCUGUCCUGGAGCGGCUUCUAGAAAGUGGUAUCUGAGCGUGCGCCAGCACCUUCCGUGCGCAGGACGUGUCCGGUGGCGGCCACAACUAACACUAAUAGAAUGGACGACUUCACCACUGGAGAAGCCGGCGAGGCUCCCAGGGCUCCAGCGCUGAAGGGCUUUUAUUUGUCCAGAAAAUGCCGUUUCUCUUUUCCAUUUGCUGAAACUUCCGGAAAAAAAAAAAAAAAACUGCCCCAAUUCAGAGCGGCGAACGAAGACGCCAUCAGCUGCGCCCCUCGAGGGUUGAUGCAAUCAGUAUUUUAUUUAAAAUGUAUAUGAAUUCUCAGCUUCUCUUCUUCCUUCAUAAAUUGAAUGUAGAGAUUCCGGAUCCAGUGAUGAAUUCCUCCAAGGAAAACCGCCGCUCAGCGUUGGCGUUAGACGCUGCAGGCGCUGAUGGUUUGCAUCUCUUCUCUUUCCUGUCUUUCUUUCUGCUGUUUUAAUUUGUAAAUACUCUGUGCUCGUUUUUACCGCUGCCGGCGCCGUAUCCGCAGAGGGAGCUGGUGACACGGUGAGGGUCAGCGAAACACAUUAAAACUAUUUCACAUUCAGCGAAUGGACAAGACCUUAAUUAGAUGUCCUCAGCGCGUGCGUCUGUCCUGCUUAAGGUGCCAUCUUGUGUGCACAGGAGGGUUCAGCAGCAAAGGCGCCAUUUUAUUGUUUCAGUAAAACGUCUGUCCAGCGCGAUGCAAGCGUCAAAGCUUUUAAAGGUUUUUUUGUUUUGUUUUUUAACUUUAUCUGAGUGGUGACGAGAGUUGUCAGGGCUUUUUCAUUUUUUUUUUUUUUUUUUUUUUUUUUUUUUACAUUCUCGACCUUUCGCUGUGACUGAAGCUGCGCAUUGCGGAGAAAGCUCCGACUCCUUCCGGUAGAAGAGUCGUCGUUUUAAGUCUUAGUCCAAGUCUUUCUCCUGUGUAGACCUCACAAGAUGGCGGCUGCCGGGGCAGAGCUACAGAUGAUGCAUGAGAUGGUGUCUCCUAUGAGGACUUGCAGCGGAUGUACCUCAGUCACCAUGCAUAAAGCCCCGACUCUGCUCCUCCCGCCGCAGUCUAGUCACCUCUGUUCUCACUGCGCCGCCAUCUUGUGCAUCCAUCUACUCAUCACGUGAGGCAGUUUUUGGUUCUUUACUUUGUUCCUUUAUUUAUAAGAUAUUUAAUCACCCUGUAAAUAGGAAGCUCCACAUGUUCCUCGUGAGGUUGAGGCGCCUGCCCUGUAUGUAUGAUGCUGUGAUGGAAGGCGUGGAUCAGCUCUCCUGAACCUGAUCUACUCCACCAGUGCUCCGGGCAAUUUGUAUAUGUAUCUUCGUGGCCUGUUACGCCAGGUGCCCCCCCACCACCACCACGCAGGUGGAGUGCACCUCGGCCUUCAGUUUUGGAGUGCUCUGCUUGAUCCUUAUUGACUGUUAAGGUGUAAGUGUGGCGGCCGAGCCCCUCAGCCUCCGCGCUCCUGCGUACUUGUCAGAAGUGGCUGUCGGUCUAAUAAAUUAAACAUUACUUGGAAGGAUUUCUUUUUCUUUUCUUUUGUGGCCUCUUCUUUUUCUUCCACCUGAAUGCAGCUUCACUGAUAAAAUAACCAACGGCUUGUCAAUGGCUCCGACCUCCAGCCGUUUGAGAGCCGGAACCACCGCGCUUUAUAACUAAUGAAAACUCCACGCAGAAAGAUAAGAAAACAAAGCAGCUUUCAAACCAAAUCCCACCUUGUAGUCUCUUAGUAUUGCGGAGUGGUCGCAGCAUGUGUCCCAGCUCGUGGUCAGAGUGUGGCGCUCUGGACGUUGCCUACUAACAGCCUGUCCGAUCCCAGCUCCAUUGUCCUAUUAUCACUUGUCCCCCUGAUGAGCAUCACACCCUGCGUAUUCUGCCCGGCAGGGUCACCAUUGCACCUCGGGGGGGGGCUGCAGCACCACCACCAUUUACAGUGCAGAACUGAGGAGUACAUGGGGUUAAUGUGCAUGGAUUAUAGCUCUGUAUUUAUAAUAUCUGGAUUGUUCACUUUCCCCGGGUAUCAUGACGAUUGUACAGAUGUUUUUCCCCCAUUUUUUUUCUUUUGUUGCAUUAACCUGUAUGUGAUUAGAAUUUGCUAUAAAAGAAACAAGGUGAAAAGAAAAAAAAUCCUGAGUUUGCUUUAGAAUAAAUUCAAUUUAUGUUUA